AUGAACGUCAUUCAAGCCGUAAAAAUGUAUAUUACUAAAAUGACAGAAGAGAGUGGUCCUGGAAUGAAAGUUAUUCUCAUGGAUAAGGAAACUACAAGUAUUGUUAGUAUGGUGUACAGUCAAUCUGAAAUACUUCAGAAGGAGGUAUAUCUGUUUGAACGAAUUGACAAUCUAAGCAAAUUUGACAACAUGAAGCACAUGAAAUGCAUUGUAUAUUUGCGACCUACCUCAGAAAACAUUGCUCUGCUGUCUCGAGAGUUAAGGUGCCCAAAAUAUGGCGUCUAUUUUAUUUAUUUCAGCAAUGUAAUCUCAAAGGCGGAUAUCAAAACUCUGGCUGAAUGUGAUGAACAGGAGGCAGUGAGAGAAGUUCAGGAGAUUUUUGCUGACUACCUUGCAGUGGACAGGCAUCUCUUCUCCUUUAAUAUUGUGGGCUGUUUACAUGGUCGCUCCUGGAAUCAGCAACAUUUACAACGGGUGUCCCAAGGCCUGCUGGCCCUCCUCCUGUCACUCAAGAAGCGUGCAAUAGUCCGCUAUGAGGCAUCGUCGGAGCCAUGCGCCCGCUUGGCCGAGCGAGUCCGUGAUCUGUUGCGGCGGGAGACUGUACUCAUCGACAAUAACAUACCCUUCAAUGGGGAUGUACCUCCACCCCAAUUGCUUAUUAUCGAUAGGAGGGAUGAUCCAGUGACACCGUUACUUAAUCAAUGGACAUAUCAAGCAAUGGUGCAUGAACUUUUGACCAUCAAUAACAACCGGGUAAGCCUGGCCCACUUGCCUGACGUGCACAAAGACUUCAAGGAAGUUGUACUGUCUUCUGAGCAGGAUGAGUUCUAUGCUAAGAAUCUUUACUCAAACUUCGGCGAGAUUGGUCAGACUAUCAAAUCUUUGAUGGAAGAGUUCCAGAGGAAGGCCAAAAGCCACCAGAAGGUUGAGAGCAUCGCCGACAUGAAGAACUUCGUGGAGACGUAUCCAUUGUUCAAGAAAAUGUCGGGGACGGUGACGAAACACGUGACAGUGGUGGGAGAAUUGUCGGCCUGUGUGGCGCGACACAACCUGCUGGAAGUGUCUGAGCUGGAGCAGGAGAUCGCCUGCCAGAGCGACCACGCGAAACAUUUACAGCGGCUGAAGGCGUUAAUAGCCAAGGAGUCCGUGCGUGAUUGGGAUGCUGCUCGGCUGGUGGCGCUGUACGCGCUGCGCUACGAGAAGCACGCGGGCAACGCGCUGCCGGCGCUGCUGGAGCUGCUGCGGGCGCGCGGGGGCGGGGCGGGCGGCGAGUGCGUGCGCGCGCCCGUGCUGGCGCUGGAGUGGGGCGGCGCGCACGCACGAGCCGCGGACCUGUUCGGCCUGCAGGACGCCGUCAAGAUCACGCAGCGGCUCUUCAAGGGCCUCAAAGGAGUAGAAAACAUAUACACCCAACAUACACCCCUUCUCAAAGACACAAUUGAAGAUCUUAUCAAAGGCAAACUUCGAGAGAACCUCUAUCCGACCCUCGGCGGAGACGACAGCUCCUACGGUCGUAGGCCUCAAGACAUAAUAGUGUUUAUCGUUGGAGGAGUGACAUACGAGGAAUCUCUGUGCGUCCACCAAAUAAAUCAAGCAUACCCUGGAGUCAAGGUCGUGCUAGGAGGGACAACUAUUCACAACUCAACAUCCUUUAUGGAAGAAAUUAAAUCUGCGAUGCAAGGAGUUCAUAGGACACACACGAGGCACAUCAGAAAUGUUUAG